AUGGCGUCAACGCCGGGCAGGUCCCUCCUCGUCCUCGUCUCCGUCGUCACGGUGGUCCUCUCCAGCCCACUCAUCCUUCGCUUGGCCCAGUCUGCAAGAUACCGUGACAUCGUCCUCGUCUCCGCCGCGGAGUGCUACGACGGCCGCCAUGCUGCAGCAACGCGCUCGGCGGUGGCGCGCCGCGCCCGCCUUGGGAUGGGAACGCGGCGCGUGCGCCACCGCCACACCGCGACGCCGCACCGGUACGUCCUCGCGGAGAAGAGCAACGCGACCGGCGGCGGCGGCGCCAAGAACCGCAGCUCUCCGGCGGCGUCAAACAACGCCACCUCGCCGGCGCCGGCGCCUCCGGCUGAGCCGAGCAAGCGCCACCGCAGCCACAGGCACCGCGUCCGCAACUGGAUCAUCGGCUUCGUGGUGGGCUCCCUCGCCGGCGUCAUCUCCGGGCUGGUCCUGUCCGUGCUGUUCCGUCUGUUCCUCAACUACGUCCGCGGGCGGUACAGGACGCGGUCCGGCGUCACGAUCUUCACCCCGAAGCUGAUCAGGCGCGCCGAGCACCUGGCGUUCCUGGAGAAGGACGACGGGCUGGCGUCGCUGGCCGUGAUCGGGCGCGGCGGGUGCGGCGAGGUGUACAAGGCGCAGCUCCCCGUGGAGCGGGAGGGGGAGGAGCCCCGGUUCAUCGCCAUCAAGAAGAUCAAGAAGCACGGCGGCGACACGCCCAACAACCUGAGCGACGAGGAGAGCCGGCAGCUGGACAAGUGGUCGCGGCAGAUCCAGUCGGAGAUCAGGACGGUGGGCCACAUCCGGCACCGCAACCUCCUGCCGCUGGCGGCGCACGUCCCCCGCCCCGACUGCCACUACCUGGUGUACGAGUACAUGAAGAACGGCAGCCUGCACCACGCGCUCCAGGGCGGCGGCGGCGGCGGGGACGACGGCACCAGCAGCAGCAGCGGUGGCGCCGCCGCGGGGCUGUCGUGGCCUGCUCGUCUCCGCGUGGCGGUGGGCGUCGCCGAGGGCCUCGAGUACCUCCACGUCUCGCACCGGCCGCAGAUCAUCCACCGCGACCUGAAGCCGGCCAACAUCCUCCUCGACGACGACCUGGAGCCGCGCAUCGCCGACUUCGGGCUGGCCAAGGCGAUGCCCGACGCGCACACGCACGUGACGGCGUCGAACCUCGCCGGCACGUGGGGGUACAUCGCGCCGGAGUACCACCAGACGCUCAAGUUCACGGCCAAGUGCGACGUGUACAGCUUCGGGGUGAUCCUGGCGGUGCUGGCGACGGGGAAGGAGCCGUCGGACGACUUCUUCAAGCAGAUGGACGAGGUGGUCGGGCUGGUCAAGUGGCUCCGCCGCGUGAUGCUGGCCGGGAGCCACGCCAAGGCCAUCGACCCGGCCAUCGCCGGCGCCGAGAACGAGGAGCAGAUCGUGCUGGUGCUGCGCAUCGCCGUGUUCUGCACCGCCGACGACCCCAAGGAGCGGCCCAGCGCCAAUGAGGUCCGCUGCAUGCUGUCGCAGAUCAGGAUUCAUCAGGAGCUAGUGUGAAUUAAUUAGUACUAAUGCAAACCUAGCAAUAAGGCUGUUUGUGGAAAGUAUCGUACGUUAUCGUGGAAUAUUGGUAGUAGAUGGUACUAUGCUAGCUAGUGCUGGGUCAAGUCAGUGUGCUACACUGUCAGGUGGGCCCGGCAGACUAGGACGGGGUAUGAUAUCAGGAUAGACCUUUCAGUGUGCCGUGAUGCUUGCGAGUUGCGAGCUUUAGGAUGGAUAUAUACCUGUAAUUUUUCACGUGGUCAUUUCAAUCUUUGCUCCCGAGAUUCCAAA